AAGGUCUUAAUCCACUGUUCGGUUGAUCGCAUGUCUGGCCAAUCACUAUAUAAAAACUUCGCCAUCAGCUGACAAAUUAUCACUUUCUUUCAAUCAGUGUUCAUAAGAAAAUCAUAAUGAUUUCUCAGGUCAUUGUUAUUGCAGCAGCAGUUGUGGCUGUUUUAGCUAAUCCACCAUUGGAGUACCAUGGUCAUGCACAGCCAUACAAAUUUGGAUACAGUGUCAAAGAUCACCAUGGUGAACAGCACAGGGAAGAAUCCGGAACCGGUGGUCAUGUAACGGGCAGCUAUGGAUUCACCGAUGCACGAGGCGUUCACCGACAAGUCAAUUACGUAGCUGACCACGGUGGCUUCAGAGCCGAAGUCAAGACCAAUGAGCCAGGAACAGCCAACCAGAACCCUGCUGCCGUUCACCUCGUUUCAUCUGCUCCUGCUUACGGUCAUCUAUACGGUGGAUUGGGUGGAUAUGGAUAUGGUGGAUAUGCAGGUCAUGGACAUGGCCAUGCCGAUCAUGGACCUGGCUAUGCUGGGUAUGGAGGUUAUGGACUUGGAUAUGGUGGUCUUGGAUACUAUGGUGCCGGAUAUGGUGGAUACGGUUUAGCCAGUGCCUUGUUAGGUACUCUUCCCUAUGCCCGAUACGGUUAUUAAGUGAUUCCUUUCACAUAUACUUUCUUGUAAUUCUUUUAUUUGUGACAUCUAGUGAUAUUUUUUGUAUGUAGAAUUUUCUACGCCUUUUACCAAAGAUUUUCUUACUUUUACUACAUUUUUUCUCCGUUAUUUUAAUUUUUGAUACUAUUUCUUACUUUCAAUUUUUUCUUCUUUAUUGUGAAAUGCUAUUUUUCUGUGAUAUGUUAUAUUACUGUUUCAAGCUAUUCUGUUUUACGUUUUUUACUUUUUUUGCAUGCUAAUAAAAUACAGAACAUA